UUCUUCCCAUCGGCGUAAUCGUCAUCAACAUUUGCUUUUAGUGAAAAUUUGCUCGUUCAUUUCAUUUAACAUUUAACACUCGAAACGAAGUGUCUGGUUUUUUUUUAGGGAAUUAGUUUCAAUUCAGACGGGAACGUAAAAUAUUUCCAAUUAAAAGCGAGCAGAGAUCACAAAAACACAAAAACAUGAAAUUCGUAAUUUGUUCGCUGCUACUAGUAGCUGCCGUUGCAACGGGUGUUUUUGCCGAUGCAGAAGUGAACGUUGAAGAUGGAGUUCUUGUGCUAACCACAGAUAAUUUUGAUGGAGUCAUAAGUGACAACGAAUUUGUGUUGGUGGAAUUCUACGCCCCAUGGUGCGGACACUGUAAAGCACUUGCUCCUGAAUACGCUAAGGCCGCUCAGGCUCUAGCCGCACAAGAAUCGCCAAUUAAAUUGGGUAAAGUCGAUGCUACCAUAGAAAGCUCACUUGCUGAGAAACACCAGGUGCGCGGUUAUCCUACAUUGAAGUUCUUCCGUAACGGUGUUCCCGUCGAAUACAGCGGUGGCCGUCAAUCAGCUGAUAUCAUUUCAUGGGUCAACAAGAAGACUGGUCCACCAGCCAAGGAAUUGAAGUCUGUCGAAGAAGCUGAAAAAUUAUUGAAGGAUAAUGAAAUCGCUGUUAUCGGUUUCUUCAAAAAUCAAGAAUCCGAUGAAGCCAAGGCUUUCGUUUCGGUUGCCAAUGCUUUAGACACAUUCGUGUUCGGUGUUAGCAGUGAUGCUGAUGUUUUAUCUCACUACGAGGCAAAGGAUGGUUCAGUUGUGCUCUUCAAGCCUUUCGAUGAAAAGAAAUCCGUAUAUGAAGGUGAAACCACAGUUGAGAAUCUGAAAAAAUUUGUACAAGUCCAAUCUUUGCCAUUGAUUGUUGAAUUCAAUCACGAAUCGGCAUCCAAGAUUUUCGGUGGUUCGAUCAAAUCGCAUUUGCUGUUCUUCGUUUCAAAGGAAGCUGGUCACAUUGAAAAGCAUGUUGAACCAUUGAAAGAUAUUGCUAAGCAAUACCGCGAAGACAUUUUAUUCGUCACUAUCUCAUCCGAUGAGGAGGAACAUCAACGUAUCUUUGAAUUCUUCGGCAUGUCCAAAGAAGAGGUACCAACUAUACGUUUAAUUCGCUUGGAAGAGGAUAUGGCUAAAUACAAGCCUGAAAGCAAUGAUUUAUCUGCCGACACCAUCAAAGAGUUCUUGCAAAAAUUCAUGGAUGGCAAAUUGAAACAGCACCUGUUGACCCAAGAUGUGCCCGAAGAUUGGGACAAGAACCCCGUUAAAGUGCUGGUCGCCAAAAACUUUGACGAUGUUGCAUUGGAUACCACCAAGGAUGUGCUCGUUGAAUUCUAUGCACCGUGGUGUGGUCACUGCAAACAAUUGGCUCCUAUCUACGACCAAUUGGGUGAGAAAUUCAAGGACAAUGAAAGUAUUGUCAUUGCCAAAAUCGAUGCUACUGCCAACGAGUUGGAGCACACUAAAAUAUCGUCAUUCCCCACCAUCAAACUUUACCGCAAGGGUGAUAACAAAGUAGUGGAUUAUAAUUUAGACAGAACUUUGGAUGAAUUCGUGAAAUUCAUGGAAGCCGGUGGUGAUGUUUCACAGAACGGUGAAUCAGAAGAAGAGGUUGAGGAGAAACCUGAUGAGCAUCAGAAGGAUGAAUUGUAAAUUUUACAUUAAAUUAAAUUUAAACUAAACUAAACAGCAGCAAUCAGCAGCAACAGGAUAACAUUUACAUUACCACCACGUUAAUAAAUAGUUUACAAAAGCAAAUAACAAAAAAUGCAACGGAACAUUCUUACUUUUGUGCAAAUGCAUUUCCUUCCCUUCUGCUGCGCCACUGUAAUAUUCCGAUAUACAAAUUGAGAGAUAAUGAAAUCGAAGAAAAGGGAGGGCUACAACGUCAGCAGAUCUUAAUUUUUUUUUUAGUAAUUACAAUAAAUAUUUGUUUGUAUUACGUUUUAAGUAACUUAAACAACAAAAAAAAAGAUAAAUCUAAAUUACUGUAUUUGCUAUUAUUUUUGUAAUUACGAUUACCUUCUUUUGAAUGAAGUUUGAAUAUUUUUUUACCUAAAAAUGGAAGUGGCUCUGUAAAUACCUUAUUAUACGGAUCGAGCAUGUCAGUGUUUGCAAGGUGAGAUAAUUUUGAAGACUGUAAUUUCACACAAAAUCCAUGAAGGAAUGCAAUAAUACAAAAUUAAACUUACAUUUAACGAAUACGGGGAAAAAAUUCGUGCUUCCGUGGUUUUCUUAUUGAAUAUAUACAUGUAUUAUAUUGAAAUAAUAUAACUACAAUAUUCAGAUGCGGCAUCAGAGUAAAUUAUUUAAAUUUUAUUUUUCUUAUAAGUGUCACAAAAACUAAACUCUGUCACAUGUUAGAAUAGAAAAGUAGAUUCAAAAAUAUAUUAAUGGAAACUUAA